CCCUCCCCUCGCCAGCACUGCCCUUCCUUCCCCUCCUGACCCGCUGGGAACCGAGUGCGCCAGGCCAAGGUCCGGCCGCUAAGGGGGUGGCGCCAGCUCCCGGUGCUGCCGGGCCCGAGACCGAGCAGUAACCGCGACCCAAGAGGCGGAGCACACGCAGCGCGGCUCUGCGCUGAGGGACUGCACAGGACUGAGGCCAUAUGGAAGAAGAACUUCCUCUUUUCUGUGGAGACAGUGACAAGUCAGUACAGGCUACCGUGCCAUCUUUGAAGAUGUUAGAUGUGGGGAAGUGGCCAAUUUUUUCGCUGUGUUCCGAGGAGGAACUGCAAGUGAUCCGUCAGGCUUGCGUCUUUGGCAGUGCUGGCAAUGAGGUGUUAUACACCACAGUGAAUGAUGAGAUUUUUGUGCUUGGCACAAACUGCAGUGGCUGUCUGGGGUUAGGUGAUGUCCAGAGCACGCUUGAGCCUCGGAGACUGGAUUCUUUAAGUGACAAAAAGAUAGCUUGCCUCAGCUAUGGGAGUGGUCCACACAUCGUCCUUGCAACAACAGAAGGAGAAGUCUUUUCCUGGGGUCAUAAUGCGUAUGGCCAGCUGGGGAAUGGGACAAUUAAUCAUGGUUUAGUGCCCUCUCAUAUCUCUACUAAUUUGUCAAACAAACAAGUCACUGAAGUUGCCUGUGGGUCUUACCAUUCUUUGGUGCUAACAUCUGAUGGAGAGGUGUUUGCCUGGGGCUAUAACAACUCUGGGCAGGUAGGAUCUGGAUCCACAGCUAAUCAGGCGAUUCCUCGAAGAGUCACUGGCUGCUUACAGAAUAAAGUGGUUGUGAACAUAGCAUGUGGGCAGAUGUGCUCAAUGGCAGUGGUGGACACAGGGGAGGUCUAUGUCUGGGGUUACAAUGGGAAUGGGCAGCUGGGACUUGGCAGCAGUGGCAACCAACCAACCCCUUGUAGAGUAGCAGCUUUGCAGGGCAUUCGUGUGCAGCGGGUUGCCUGUGGCUACGCACACACAUUAGUAUUAACAGAUGAAGGGCAAGUGUAUGCUUGGGGUGCAAAUUCUUAUGGCCAGUUGGGUACUGGCAAUAAAAGCAACCAGUCCUAUCCGACCCCUGUCGUUGUGGAAAAGGACAGGAUCAUAGAGAUCGCAGCCUGUCACUCCACCCACACGUCUGCUGCCAAGACCCAGGGGGGCCACGUGUACAUGUGGGGCCAGUGCCGGGGCCAGUCGGUGACCCUCCCGCACCUUACCCACUUCUCCUGCACCGACGAUGUGUUUGCCUGCUUCUCCACGCCUGCUGUCACCUGGCGCCUCCUCUCUGUGGAACCUGACGACCACCUCACCGUGGCGGAGUCCCUGAAGAGGGAGUUUGACAACCCGGACACUGCAGAUCUGAGGUUUCUGGUUGAUGGAAAAUACAUUUAUGCACAUAAAGUUCUCCUCAAAAUUAGGUGUGAGCAUUUUCGUUCUUCGUUGGAAGACAGUGAGGACGAUAUUGUAGAAAUGAGUGAAUUUUCAUACCCUGUAUACCGAGCCUUCCUGGAAUACCUGUACACAGACAGCAUCAGCCUUUCUCCUGAGGAGGCAGUAGGAUUGCUAGAUUUGGCUACAUUUUAUAGAGAAAAUCGUUUGAAAAAGCUCUGCCAGCAAACCAUCAAGCAAGGAAUCUGCGAGGAGAAUGCCAUCGCUCUGCUCUCAGCUGCUGUGAAAUAUGAUGCCCAGGACUUGGAAGAAUUUUGCUUCAGAUUUUGCAUAAACCAUCUGACUGUUGUAACACAAACUGCAGGCUUUGCAGAAAUGGACCAUGAUCUCCUGAAGAACUUCAUCAGCAAAGCCAGCAGAGUUGGAGCAUUUAAAAAUUGAUCCUCACCUGCAUAAAGGAUAGAGUUUUAUGACCCUCUGUUUUCCCUGCAGAACACUUGGUGAUGAAUAAUUCUCCUUAGCAAUAUUUAUGAUGCACUAGGCUGAAUGUGUUAUGUCAAGAGGAUGAUAGUUGGUCUUCUCCAUCUGCUGAAAUGCAGGGUUUACAUAGAAAACAUUGAAUUCUCUGAUCAGAUGUGGCUGUAAGGAAAAAUACACAAACGUCUUACCAUAUUUGUUAUUUUUUUCUUUUGAGUCACUGAAGCUGGAUCGCUUUGAUCCAUUGGUGUUUUGGCCGGUGCCGCUGUGGCCAAUGAGCCAUUAUUCAGCAGGCUGAUGCCGUAAAGCUAGGCAAGCAUUGCUGUCACUACAUUUCUGGAUCCGCACAGAGCCUUGCGGAUAGUAGGCACUCCAGCAAUUUACUGUAAAUAUUAAGGGUGGCUUGAGGAUAGAUUUAUUUGUGGAAUACUGGAUGAAGGAGCAAGUUACACAAGUUGAAAACAGCCUAUAAUUACCGAGGUUCAUGCUCUUCUGAUACACUGUUCUGAGAAAUAGUGACUAAUUUAGUGCAGUGACGGCGAAGUUUUGCGAGCUUUCAGUGGUAACAGACGGCCCACUGGGGCGUGUGCCACAGGUCCCCCACCGCUGACGUGGAGCAUUAAUUGGAAUCCACCAACCGUCAACGACUCAAGGGCUAAUUUUAAUUUUCUAUUUAUUCUGAGACAUUAAUUUCUCACAUGGAAUUACUGAAAUAUUAUCUCUGAAUGAAAGUGAUUUCUGGGCUCAUCUGUCUUAUGUAAUUGUAUAAAUUUCAUUUCUUUGUGUUAAGGAGAAUUUGCUUCUGUGAGUAGGAAUGACUGUUUUUCUUGUCAUUGACUUUUAUGGCACUGCACAAGAGGUCACUUAGCCUGGCACUAGUAUAAGUGUACUAGAUGAAAAGGAAGUGAGGCAUUUCACGGACAGAUUAACACGACAAAGGUGUUACACUGUUUAGAUCAAAACAGAGUGCUCAAUUGUAAAGGAGAAACUCAAAUGGUAAGUAGCGUCGAGUCUUGAUAUUGUAUCACAGUAUGAUGCUAUAGAAAGAAAACGCUUCAGAACUGUUUGAUAAUAAAGUUUCUCUUUUGCACAUAAUAGAAAAAAUGUGAUUUUUUAAAAUCCCUAAGCAGCAAAGUAAUACCAGAGACUUCAUGUCUCUUAGAUAUAUAUAAAUCCAAUUUGUUUUUUAAAGCUGUUUUUCAGAUAGUUUUAUAAGAAAAUCAAUUAAACAUAAAUGGUUUGUUUAAAAACCCAAUCACUAUUCAUAUUAUUGCUUUUUAUUGAUGAGGUUACUUUUAAGAUGUUUUAUGAGAAAUUUUAAGUUUACAGCAAUACCGAGAGCAAGACACAGAGAUGUCCCGUUUACCCGACCCCUACGUGUGCAUAGUUUCUCUCUCUGUCCGCGUCCUUCAGAGAGAUACAUUUGUUUUAAUUGGUCAGCUGCACUGAAGUCCACAGUUCACAUGAGGGUCCACUCUUCGCGUUGUAUUCUUUGGGUUUGGAUAAAUGUAGAAAGGCAUGAAUCUAGCACUACAGUGUCAUACAACAUAGCUUCACUGCCCUAAAAAUCUCGCACGCUCCACCUGUUUGUCCCUCCCCUGCGCUCACCGCUGGCAGCCACGUUUCCUGAAGGUCAUGACUGCUCUUUUAUAGCAUGGUGGCCUUUCUAUGUAAUUCUUUACAUUUAGGACUGUGCCAUUCAGAUCCCCUCAUGCCUUGUUACAGCUCGAUAGCUACUUUUCUCGUCAUACUGAGUAAUAUUCCACAGUGUGAGUGUACAACAGUUUAUUCAGUCAUUUUUGAAGAACAACUUGGUUGCUUCCAAGUUUUGACCAUUAUGAAUAGAGGUGCUACAAACCAACAAGGUACAACCUUGUGCAGACUUAAGUUUUCAGUUUCUUUGGGAAAAUGCCAAGAAGUAUGACUGCUGUUGAUGUGCUACAAGGAUAUUUAGUUUUUAAGAAACCUCAACUGUUUUCCAAAGUGCCUGUAGCAUUUUGCAUUCUCACCAGGAACGAAUGAGUCACUGCUGCCACAUCCCCAGCAGCAUCUGGUGGUCUCAAGUUCUGGCCAUUCUGCUAGGUCUGUAGUGUUAUCUAGUGUUGUGUUAACUUCUACUUCCCUGACGACAUGAUGAGGGGAUCUUUUCAGAUGCUCAUGUGCCAUUUGUCUGCUUAGGUUUUUGCCCCAUUUUUUGAGUUAUUUUCCUGCUGUUUGAGUUCUUUUAUAUUUCGAGUAACAGUCCUUUAUCAUAUGUCUUUUGCAAAGAUCUCCUCUCAGUCUGGGGUCAUUUUUGAAUCUUUAGUUUUGACAAAUUAUUGUAUUUUUUUCUGACUUAUCUAAAUUAGAGGCACAGGAGGUCUGGAAGCCUCUAGUUCCAAAUCAGAAUCCUAUUUUUAGAAUUAUAUAGUCUUGGUCACUUGUUUUUUUUUUUUUUAAACUUAGCAUACGCUGUUUGUUUUUAUUUUGGGGGUAGAUUUUCUAUUUUAUCCAACAAAAAAACUUUCAGAUAUGGGAAGGCAGUUAAUCUUCAUUCUCUUACUGUUUUCUCCUAACUCUCCUACACUAGCUGUAGCAGUCUUGGCUCAUAACCCUUCACAGCAUCUUGGAAAAUCUUGUCUUCCUGUUGCUGUUUCUGACAGGGUUUUCUGAAGCUCCAUAGUGAGUGUACUUUUCAUUUAUGAACUCACUUCCUAUAAAAAGAGGCACAGAGAAGUAUAUUUAGAGAUUACUGUACUGCCAGAAUCCAAGUUACUACUCUACAUUUGUAUCCAUAUUUUCUCUGUAAGCUUUGUUAUAUGAAGGGUGCACUGUUACCUAUCUCAGAGUUUCGUAUCUGUGCACAACUUAAUGAUCUUUGCAACUUAAAAGACCAGACUUGAGGACUCCAAUUCAAUAUGCAGUACUUUAAAAACUCCACAGGUAAUUUUGAUAUUUACCCAAGAAUGAGAAUCACUGGUCUUCCUCUUAAAACUCAGGACUACAAACAGUAAGCUGUGUCAGCCCAGUCUGAGAGAUGACAGAUGAGUUACGGAUAUGCGUGCAUCUAUCUGGAAUAAAUUCUCUAGUCUUUGAAGACAGGGAUACUGGACACUACUAUAGGAAGAAAAGAUUUCCUUCUUUCUGACAGAUGAAUACUUAGCCUCAGAAAAUCCUGCUACUACUAAUAUGUGAGAAAGGUACAUUUUCAUAGUACACUGCAUCAGAAAUGAAUGUAUCCCUUCUUUUGUACAAGUUUAAGUAUAUCCAGCCUUAAAUUUUGUUUCCUGAUCCCACAAGGAAGUUCAAUAUUUUAAUGUUUCCUAUAUAGUUUAACACACACAGAAAAGCAUAGAGAUUAAGAUUGCACAUGAAUGAGCUAGUGCCCUCAUAGGUUUAUGAUGAUCCAUUUAAUUCAUUUUAAAAAGCGAAGAGUAACCACUUAACAGUUCAUGCUGAGUGGCACUCAGGCGGCUCCUUCUUUUAAGCACUGACUACACUGAGUAUAGCUCCCAGCAGGUGUCAUUUCAACCGGUUGAUUCUUCUGCAGAAUAAAUUUGAUAAAAUUGUCACUGUAUUUCCUGUUAGCUUAUAAAACUGUGUCUGAAAACUAGGCAAUUGUUGGCUAGCCUGUAUUUAAAUUAUUGGACUGGUUAAGUGGCCAGAAUGUGGUAUAUGUUCUUUAGCUCCCUACUACUGUGAAUUACUUUGGACUGUAACACGUACAGUUCACUUAGAGGCUAAAUUCAUCAGUCAUACUGAAAAGAAACAACUACAGAUGAUACAAUUUGCAUAUCUUAGGCAUCUAUUAUUUAAAAUUUGGUCUUUACAAAAAUAUAGAAACAAAACUUCCAGGUUUUCCUGUAAAAAUCAUUUUAUUUAGGAAGUAACUCAUACUGGUCUAUAAAUAGAGUUAACAUUUCAUAUUAAAAUGUCACUGUCACAUGUUAGUAUAAAGCACAGCCCCCAAAUAAUGGACACAAAGAGGAUUUAUAAAAAGAUGACUAUCCCAACUGCAUAUUUAAAAAGCUUGUUUUAAUCUCACUUAAACAUUAUACAAUUAUCAUUGCUUUAAGGAUAUGAAGCAAUUACCUUGUAAAAAGGUUUACUUUGGCCCAUGGUUCCAGAAGUUGCAGUCCAAGAUCAAAGCACCCAAUUGCUUUGAGUCUCUGGUGAGGGCAGCACGUCGUGGUGGGACUGCAUGGGAGAGUGAACCACUUAGGUCAAGGGCCAGGAAACCAAGACAGAGAGCCCCAAAGUCCCCUUGAAGGCAUCUUCCAGUGAGCCGAGCACCUCCCAUUAGCCACUGUCCCCAUUUUCACAUGCUGGGAUUGAAUCUGGGGGCACUCUGCCACUGAGCUAUACCUCCAGUCCCUUUUAUUCCAGACAGGGUCUCUGCCAAGGUGGCCAGGCUCGGCUUGAACCUGAGACCCUCCUCUGAGGAUCUGAGGAGCUAGGAGUACAGGCAUGUGCCACUGUGCCACCUCACCACGUCGGGGUUUCACCACUUCCCACCAGUGUCACUCUGGGGACCAGAGUCUUUAACAAAUGGGCCUUUGGGGAAUGUUUUAACAAUGGGCCUCUGAGGAGUGUUUUACAUCCAAACUACAGCACAAUAAUACAUUUCUAUUUAAGAAGCUAUACUCGAGGUAGAAAUUUAAUACACUGUUUCCUCUUUGCAAAGUUUCAGAUUGUCCUGUGAAAGUCUGUUCAGUAAAAGGAAAAUUCUGUUGACUCCAUUCAUGUUGUAUAUACCGUAUUGACCUCAAAAUGAGGAACAGAAUAAUCCUUCUAAAAGCAAGUUUCUAUGAAAUUACCCAGAUAAUAAUAGAACUAGAAAUGUUUGGGUCUUUCCAUUUGUGCCAGAAAACUAAUGAAAAAUAAACACAUUAAACUGAA